AUAAAGUGUUAUUCGCUAUUCGGCGUCGCAGUUGUGUCUUCUAAUCCCACCUCGAAGGCAAAUCCACUCCUGGCGUGUCUCAGUGACACGGACACUGAAGACUGGAAAGGGUUGUGUAACCAUGAUCUGAUGCAUUAAGGUCUGCAUUUUCUCCGUGGACUCUCACGAGCAGCAGAUACAAACACAUCAGCCAUGUCUCAGUCUGAAUCCUGUGCCAAUGUGGGGGAGUGGCUGGGCGUACUUCGCCUGGAGCAGUAUUCCGAUGCAUUUCAGAGUGCCGGAUAUGCAACAUUACAACAGUGUCGCAGCCUCACACCAGAGCAACUGGAAUGCAUUGGUAUCACCCUGCCAGGUCACCAGAGGCGCAUCUUGGCAAGUCUGAACAAAACACAUGGGAAUCGUGACUCUCACGCCAUCGGACCGUUUGAGAGAUCAGAGGAAAUGGAACAAGCUGAAUUUCUGGGGGGAGAUAGACCAUUGCCUGUCCCACCAUGUGAAAAAUCUCUCCUUCAGGACAAUGUGAAGCAAGAUGGAGAGACUUUGAGACCUACACCUAGGAAACGAGAAACGCCAGUCCCCAGAGAAAGACAAGUAUCCAGAAUGCAGGAGAGCAGUGGUGAAGGAGAGAAGCCGGUUCCUGGGAAAAGACAGAUGGUACCUAGAAAUGACAGGGAGAAAGAGAGGGAUGGAGGGAUAGAUAGAGAGAGGAAGAAACCUGUGCCAAAAGAAAGGACUAAGUUUCGCUCUACUACUCCAGACAACUUGGACCCUAGCCCCCCUCCAGCUUUGGACACUUCUUUGCCCCCUGUUCCCCCCCGAAGCACACCAAACUGCCCUCCACAGCCCUUCACCUUACCCCCUGUUCAAACCUCUGGCUCCCCUAAACUGGAAAGACAAGAGGUCAGGGCUCCAGCUUUACAAUGCCGAUCUGUAUCCCUGAGUUCCAUAUCUACACCCCCCCAACCACCAUCCCACCCUCCAGACCUCCCUUCUACUGCAAAUAGGCCUCAGACAUUAGCCAUUCAGCCGAAUGCCCAACACCUAACUAUCGAUGGAGGAAGAAAAUCUUCACCUGUUUCUCCCAUCCACUCCCCUUGCAGUAGAAAUAUUCCACCUCUUCCUCCAAAGGCAGGAAUAGCAUCCAAAGGCCCUCCACCAAUCCCUCAACGGUUUCCUGUUCAGUCUCCCAGAACUCACAGCCCAUCUCCCACCAAGACAGGCACGGAUGACACGCUCAGAGAACAAACUCCAGAGAUCCCACCUCGCAUCAGGCCACCUAAAACUCAAGAAAGCCCACAACAGUUGACUCAACUUGAUAUACAGCCAGCUCUGCCUGCUAGGAGAAUUCCCCAACCUCCCAGCGAGUAUAUGUUGGCUACGGUCAAUGAAAAUUCGAAUGACUACGAGGAGCCAGACUUGUUUGGUCCCACUGGUCAUCGAAUGAACCCACCAGAGAGGGAUAUGUCCCUGCAAGUGCCAAAUUACACAAAGAAGCGGCCGAGUUCUCUUUGCAGUGACGAUGGAGUGCUCGACGAUUAUGAGUAUGAAGGGAGUCUCCACAGCCAGCAAGGCAGUUUUUACCUACCAAACACUGGUGUUUUGGCUUCCACCAUGAAAGAAGACACCUCUCAGCUUUCUGCUGUCAUUAAGAUGGGUUGGCUGGACAAGAAUCCACCUCAGGGGGCUAUUUACUACCAGAGACGAUGGGUAAAGCUAGAUGCUGACUACCUGAGAUACUUUGACACUGACAAGGACGUGUAUUCUAAGGGGAUCAUCUCCACAGCUUUCAUCACUAAUGUGACCACUGUGGGGGAGCUGAAGUUUGAAGUUGUUACAAACAAUCGAACCUUCAUCUUUAGGGCUGAAAGUGAAGCUGAGCGAAACGAAUGGGUGACUGUACUGCAGGAUUGCACCAGUGGGCGCCAAAGGCACACUGUCAUGAACCCCGGCUCACCUUUAGCCCCAGACUGUCAGGGUUACUUGGAGCUAAAAGGGUUACGCUCCAAACUUUACACAGUUGUUGCCUCAGAUAAAGUUUUCCUCUACAAAAAUAUUGAUGACUAUCGUAUUGGAUUGGGUAUCACGUCUAUUGAGAUGAAUGUAGGAAACAUUAAGGACUCAGAUCGUCGAAGCUUUGAUCUCACCACACCUUAUCGCAUAUUUAGCUUCAUCGCAGAGUCAGAGCAGAUGAGAGAGCAGUGGGUGAAUGCUAUGCGAGACGCGAUAGGUGAGGCAUUGUCUAACAGCGAGGUGGCUGAGCGGAUCUGGGCGGAGUCUAGCAACAGUCUGUGCGCCGACUGUGAAGCACCGAAGCCGGAGUGGGCCGCCAUCAAUUUGUGUGUGGUGGUGUGCAAACAAUGCGCAGGGGAGCACAGAGGACUAGGCCCUAGCAUUUCAAAAGUUCGAAGUCUGAAGAUGGAUAAGAAAGUUUGGACAGAAGAGCUUAUUCAGUUAUUCCUGGUGAUAGGCAACGAGCGGGCUAACAGUUUUUGGGCAGCUAAUGUCCCACCAAGUGAAGCUCUGUCGCCUUCGAGCUGCAGCGAAGAGAGAAGACGCUUCAUCAGCAACAAAUAUCGCCAGGGCAAAUACAGGAGGUACCACGCUCUGUAUGGAAACCAGAGGGAGCUCAAUCACGCUCUUUGUAUAAAUGUGCAGUGCAGCGAUGUACUGGAGACGCUGAGCCUGAUUUUCUGCGGUGCAGAUGUGAAUUGUUCAUCUGGGCUGGAAAGUCAACCCUCCCCCCUCUCCUUGGCCACCGCACACUCACAACCCCUACAGGCCGAGUUAUUGAACCAUAAUCUGAACACAGAGCUACCACGGUUAGAGGAGGUGGAUGCUAUGGACCCAGAACCUUACCCACUACCUCCUUCCGUGUCUCACAAUGGCUUCUUAUUCAAAACUGGAUCCAUGGCUCGGCCAGUCACAGAGUGCAAGGCCAAAGAGGAGUUCAGUCGUCGCUGGUGCACACUAAAUGAUGGCGUUUUCAGCUACUACGAAAGUGACAAGAACUCAAACCCAAAUGGAGCUCUCAAGGCUUCAGAGAUCGUGUGUUUGGCUUUCGACAAUGAUGACAAACAUGGGUAUAACUAUACAUUUGAAAUUUAUUCAGAGUCUGAGCGUCUCUACCUGUUCGGCACCGAUGACUCAGAAGUCAGAUCCCAAUGGGUCAAGUCUAUCGCCAAGACCUUUAUUCCAGUCUCAGCAGAACCUUUGCUGAGAUUGAGUUUUGAGAGGAUUGGGAAGCUGAUGUGCAAAGAUGGCUUGAACCUACAAAGGUCCAAAGUUGGUUGGUUUGCUCUGGAGGGAUCUGUACUUCACGUUUACCUGGAGGGCAGUCAGGUGGAGGAGAUCCACCUCCGCAAACUGAACGAACUAUCAAUUCAGCAAGACAAUGAAGUCAUGGUUCUGGUGGGGAAAGGCAGAACUCUGUACAUAGAAGGAAAGAGAAAGCUGGAUUUUUCUUGCUGGUGUGCAGCUAUCCAGGCAGCUGCAGGGAGUGGAGGAGACAGGCUUCACGAGCAGCAGCUCACAGAGACGGACAUACCGGUGAUCGUAGAUAGUUGCAUUAACUACAUCACACAGUGUGGUAUGGCGUCAGAGGGAAUUUAUCGCAAGAGCGGUGUGAACUCUCGUGUGGCAGCUCUGUGCGAGAGGUUUCGUCGCGAUGCUCGCAGCCUUUGCCUAAGGCAAGAUGAGCAUCAGGUGGACGACGUCUCUAACACACUCAAACGCUUUUUCAGGGAGUUGAAAGAGGGAGUGUUCACACUACAGGACUCCCCCUCCUGGCUCAGCACUGCAACCAUUCAGGAUGAAAGUACAAAAAUCUCCGAGUACAAGCACUUAUUGAACAAACUGCCUCAUGUCAACAAGGCAACACUACAAGCCCUUAUCAACCAUCUCUACUGUGUGCAGCACUUUUCGGAUGAAAACCAGAUGAACAAUCAUAAUCUGGCCAUCGUGUUCGGUCCCACACUGUUCCAGACUGACGGGAAGGACUAUGCUGCUGGCCGCGCCAUUGAAGACCUCAUUGAGCACUACAAACUCAUCUUUGAGGUGGAUGAGCAGCAGCUGAACAAGCAGAUAAAAGAGAUCAAAGCUAUCCUCAAAUUGAAAAAUCUUCAGCCUCCUUCUGAACGAGGAGGUGACUUCAUUUGUACUGUGUACCUGGAGGAAAAGGCGCCCAGCGCAGAGAGACAUGUGAAGAUUCCUGGUUCUAUGACAGCAUUAGAGCUCACACUGGAGAUUCUGGACCAGCGUAACAUCCCAAUUAAAGACAAAGAUUACUGGAGCUGCUGGGAGAUCUGCUGCAAGGAAGAAAUGGAACGCCUGCUGCACUAUCAGGAGCGAGUCUUGCCCAUCGUUCACUCCGUCGGCACAGAGUCUCAUCUGCUUAUCAAGAAAUAUCCCGCAAUGGAGGCCAUCACUCUUUACCUGUCCAGUAAACCGGACGCAUCCAAACACGGGAUGAUCAAAUUCAGAGAGGAGCGAAGCAUCUUGGGUUUGGGCCUCACUAGUUUUCAUGAGCGUUAUUUCAUCCUCAAUUACAACUCGCUCAGAAUGUACAAGGACGUCAGAAGUAACCGUCCAGAACGUGAAUGGCCAGUGAAAAACUUGAAGGUUUACCUUGGUAUAAAGAAGAAACUCCGUCCUCCUACAUGUUGGGGACUGACAGUUCUGUAUGAGAGCAAGAAACAAGAGAAGCCCGAGAGACAGCAGUGGUAUCUCUGCUGUGAGACCCAGUCAGAAAUGAGGGAGUGGUAUGCUACAUUUCUCAGUAUUCAGUACGACGGUAACGUGUGGCCUCAGGAUGGACUCCAGCACAAGCGCGUGAGUCGUGAGUUGCCAGACACACGUCAUGGUAACGUGUCACUGAUACCGCUGCGUGGCAGUGAGAAUGAGAUGCGGAACAGCGUUGCAGCUUUCAGCCAAGACCAGCUUGCUUUCCUUAAAGAUUUUCGAUAAUGGUCUCAGUAAGGAAGGUUGGAUCAUCGGCCUCAUCAGAUGUCCCCUAGACAUUCCAGUGACUUCAUCAUUCCCAAGUGGCAGACACUGAGAAAAACACUUAUAAUGUAUGCGGAUAAUGGCCUUGCACCUCCUUUUGCUCCUUUGAAUAUGUGCUGGAAUGAAAAAAAUUCAGCGGACAACAGGAUCACACCGCUUUCCAUGCACAGAUGAACUGAAUGAAGAGAAACUGUUUGUCGGACCACAGUUUCCCUAAAGAGGCCAGAAUCGAUUCCAACCUGAUUUGCACCUAAUGUUUCCACUGGACUCAUAACAGACAAACCUUUUUUUGGGGGGGGGGCACAAAACACCAGUAAUCCUGGGCACCAGCACAGCGUGCUCAGCAGGUUUUUGUUUUAGACAUUUUAGACAAGCUUGACAUUCAUUUUGCAGCCGAGUCAUAUUUUUAAACUUACUUUCUGUACUCUUUGCUCAACAAAUCAUCGGAUCAGUGUGCAGUUUAAAUUAAGUAAUUGUAGCUUUUGUGACGUUGAUAUCAGAGGACACUGUGACCUGAUUUUCUCUGGAGUUUGUUCCAAGGGGACCAAACUGGACUGAAAAAUGACAGGUGAUGGAUGAUGUUAGUCCACGGGACAUUGGCCGGUGCUGUGGAAAACCUUAGUCUGAGUUUUUUUGUGCUUUUUGCCACUUUUCUGCAUAUGUGCAGUACUGUGCAUAGAGUGCGUUUACAUGGGGAUAUGAAGAUAUGAAGACCUUCAGGGAGUAAAGCAAGGAGAAUCUUGUGCUGAAAAAAGGCAUUAUUUUUUUCUCUUUUUCCUUUAUCUUUUCUUCCCAUCCUCACAGGCACUGCAUCCUCUUUGUAGAUAAUUUUUUUUAAAAUCCUGAGCUACAGAAUACAGCGCAUUAACCAGCAGUAUUUAUAAAGUUUUAGAUUAUGUGUUAGUCGCUUUUUCGUUAUCUUCUUUAUGCACAGAAUCUUCGUGGGAUCGUGUUUUUUAUAGUAAGGAGCACAAAAGUGGUGCUGCAAAAUCUGUAGGUACAAGAAACGAAGUGCUUUACGACGCUCCGUCAUUCCUUCUACAUGAAUCCAACCUUGUAUAUAUUUAAUGUAAAGAAUUAAUCUGUCAACAGUUGCCUUACCAGCUUCGCUGAGCAAUUCCUCAUGUCGCUUCCUUUUAAUGUUCUCACCUGUGGGAUUCCCGUAAUGUAAAGAUUUAUUUAUUUUGACAGCAGAGGACGCUGUGAUGCUGUGUUUUCUCAACCUGAGUUGGUGAUGAUCUUUAUCAACAUGUGUAAACACCUUGAAGUUGAGUUCCUGUGAAGAAUAUGUAUUUACAGUAGUGUGCCAUUAACUGCCUCAGCAGGAGUCCUGAAGACUCAACUGUGUAAUAGCACGUUGUAUACAAAGUAUUCACUCUGUACUUCUUAGUGGUUUAUUGUUUUACAACAUUGAUUUAGAGUGGGUGUACUUACUUUUACAAAGGUUCUUGGCGCUGAUCGUCAGAUUUUAGUUUUCAGGUUUAAAGGUAGCCUGUGUAUAAGUUGUAGCUUUCAGGUACAGGUGUGAUCUAACAUAAAUAGUCGCUCACACCUGUGUUGCACAAAAAUAAUCCCUUUUAUGUGAUUUCUGGAACACUUAGCUGAAGUAUUGAUGGGUUAAAAAUAUGCAGGUGAUUAUUUUAAAUGUUUCACAUAAUGUGGAUACUUUUUUUUUUUGUUUUGUUUUGUUUUGUUUUUAAAUCUCGAUCACUCUCAUCCUUUUUACAUCAUUACAAUUCAAAGUUGUAAAACAAAAGUCCAACAGAGGCUGUUAGAUACUGUUUAUAGAUAGUGUGUUUCUUCUAUUCUGUUUCUGUGCAUUUUACAAAUUAUUGCAUCUCUAAAACUCUAAUAAACACAUUCUGCUAGUU